GUUGUGUUGUUUCAGGAGUAGCAUAAAUUUGUGUAAAAUGUGCAUUGCCAGUAACCCUCUGCGCACGUUAUACCGACGGCAGCUCCUGCAUGUAGGGUAAGUGUGAAGUUAGGAAGCUGUCCAAUAGAAGUCAGUAUUGCAGCUCCACAAUUCCGAGUGCCCAUAUCUCGAAAAUCAUGGCGGCUGGAGCUGGUGAUUAUGCGCCUCCAACCAACCGUGGAUGGGCGCUACCUGGUCAUCUGCGGGUCACGGUUCAGCUCUCCUGCUACGGAGACUUGGCGCCCCUCUUCCGCCAAGCGAACCUACCUGUCCUCAAAGCGUGCCUGGCCGCCGAACCUCUCUGGUCCGAGGUUGCAAUGCUCGACAAGCUGCACUACAAGAACAUCCACCAGCACAGAGGAGCUCACUUCAUGCGGCACCUAAAGGAGGUCCGCCGCAUGCUGCUGCGGCUCCAUGAGCUGCGGCUGCCGCACCAGAUUGAGGACCUUCAGCUGCUGCUGCAACAGGGGGGCGUGCUGGGGCCAGGCUCAGCAGCGGCAACAACAACAGGGGCAGCAACGGCAGCGGGAAGAGGCAGCAGGGCAAGCAGCAAGGCUGCUAUAGCUGCUGGCGGCGGCAGCGAAGCAGGAGCAGCAGCAGGAGGAGGGCGUGCAUCGUACAGACUGCCCUCGCGUGAGGCGGGCGCGGCGGUGUUGAAGCAGCUCCUAACGGGUGCGGCCCUGCUGGUGGGACUGCAGGCUCCCCUGCACCGCGCCGCAGCCCACUUGGCAGCCCAGCUGGGGCUCACCUACUUCGUCCCGCUGGCAACCACCGCGACUGCCAUGCUGGCCAGGAUUAAGGUGCUAUCGCUGCAGCUGCUUCUGGACUGCGUCAAGACCUACAACGCGCUCGCGGACCUGCUGCCUCUGCUGCCACAACCUGCUGCUACUGCCGCCGCUGUGGAUGGACACAGCACAGACCCGGCGCUGCUGCUGCCUCCCGAGCUCGCGCCGGCGCUGCAGCCUCCGAAAGCGCAAAAGGCGCCGCUGCCGCCGGUUCGAGGGCGGCGGGGAGGCAAGCCGACGCAUCAGGAGGCGCACCUCCCAACGAACCGCCCUAACG